UUACCGUCUAGUUAUGGCAUAUAUCUGUGACCUUGGAUGUUGUUUUUUCCUUUAUAAUUUUAACUACUUAUUACUUAAUUACUUACUCUUUGUUUUUAAAAUUGAAAUAAAUACAAAUCAUGAUAUCUGUAAAGCUUAAACGUGAGGUUCUGAGGUCUUUUAAAAGGCUUCACCGAGCAAGGCAGUCAGUAUUCAGUGGAGAUGAACAUGCUUUACAAGCCGCGAGACAUAAGAUCAAUUGUGAGUAUCACAAGAACAAACAAGUCACUGAUAUCGCCACAGUCAAAGAGCUGGUGGUUUUCUCAAAGUCUGUUGAAGCAGAGCUGAGGUCGACUGUAAUCCAGGCGAGGGAAGUGAAACCUGGAACGUUUGCAUUGAGGAUCACUCCAGACAUCAAGAAACUUGACAACGUCCCAGGGAUGGAGAGUAAACCCUGAGAGAAAUAUGCACCAAAGUAGUUAAUUUUUUUGUGUACAAAGUUUUGUAGCUGCCAAUUCUUAAUGCAUUAAAAUAGUUUUGUUUUUUGUUACUGAA